GCGCGGGGCGCGCAGCCCUGCCGUGUCCGCGGCUGGUCGGAUCGCGCUCCGCGACCAAUGGCGCGAUGAGAUGCCCGGGCAUGGCGCAUGCCGGGUGAAGUGCGAACCGUCGUCCGAAGACGAAGACAGCAAUUCGCAGAUCGGUCACAGCUAUUUGUGUAACCAGCUGUCUACAUCGGAGCUACGACCCGUGAAGUUAGAGCCGGAUUCGGGAAGCGAUGAGAGCGUACCCACUCUACUACACUUGCAGGGCUCAGGAUUGGAGGAGCUGGCACUACCGACGCCGGCGGGCCCAGCCGCCACACCGGUCUGCGUUAAGCAGGAGCUGCAUAACGCGCACAUCACUCCUGCUACCUCUCUGGAAACACUGGAGCCUACGCCUCUGAGUGCUGCUACGGGUUCGACGCUGAUCGACCGGCACAUUUCAAUGCUGAGCGCGACCGAAAUGCCCGACUCCUCAGAGUUCAUGCCUCUGCUCAACGUUAAAGAUGAACCACUUUCUGAAGGAGAGCAAUACAACCUGAGCGGCGACGACACCAGCGACUCGUCCACGCAGCACGAGCCGAUGGCGCGCGGAAGCCCCAAGAGCUGGACGCAGAAAGACAUGGACAACGCGCUGGAGGCCUUGAGGAAGCACAACAUGAGUCUCACGAAGGCGUCGGCCGCGUACGGCAUCCCGUCGACCACGCUGUGGCAGCGCGCGCACCGGCUGGGCAUCGACACGCCCAAGAAGGAGGGCGCCGCCAAGUCCUGGAGCGACGCCGACCUGCGCCAGGCGCUGCACGCGCUGCGGGCGGGCGCCAUCUCGGCCAACAAGGCCAGUAAAGCCUACGGCAUCCCCAGCAGCACCCUGUACAAGAUCGCGCGCCGCGAGGGCAUCCGCCUGGCCGCGCCGUUCAACGCUGCGCCCACCGCCUGGCGCCGCUCCGACCUGGACAAGGCGCUGGCCUCCAUCCGCUGCGGGGCCAGCUCGGUGCAGAGGGCCGCCACCCAGUUCGGGAUCCCCACAGGGACGUUGUACGGCAGAUGCAAGCGGGAAGGAAUCGAGCUCUCCAGGUCCAAUCCUACACCGUGGUCAGAAGACGCCAUGGGAGAAGCCCUCGAGGCUGUCAGAGUCGGUCAGAUGUCUAUAAAUCAAGCUGCGAUCCACUAUAACCUUCCCUACUCGUCCCUUUAUGGUCGGUUCAAGCGUUGCAAAUAUCAAGGACAGCCUUUGCAAGCCAUGCAACAAGACAUGCAAACCUCUCAAGAAAUGGAGCACCAUCAAAACCAAGAUUUAAAUAGUUACUACCAUCAUAUGCCGUCCCAUACCAUCCACCACCUUCCCAACGAUCAAACCAAUAUCCCUCAGCCUUACAUUUAUACGGAACAUGAUACCACCAUGCAUGCUAAUGUGCUGCAAGAUCAGUAUGAUCAUCAGCAGACAAUGUAUUACAACCAAAGUUGUAACAGUAUAGUCAGUUGAGGGUAUCAUGCCUCACAGAAUGAGGCUCCAUGACAAAGUGUCUUUUAAAUUAAUUAUUGUUAUGCCAGAAAUGAUAAUAAAUACGGACUUAUGGAAGAAUUGCCUAAAAUGGUUUGAACCAAUAUGUAACAUUUUCAUCUGUGAACUCAUUAUAGAAUAUCAUGAAAGGCUACUAAGUAUAUUUUUUUAAUUUUUUAAUCAUCGGAGUUCCAGUAUUAUUUUUACUUCAAUGUAAUUAGCUAUUUCAAAG